AGAGUGAUGAUGUAAAGAAUUCGCGAGAGCCACCCAACUCUUGAUCAGGGGGGGUACAAAGAGGAGAUAUGGGCAUACAGGCACACACCACAUCAGUUGCCUGUAGAGCCAAGGAGUUGGUUGACUGUGCCUGGGACCCAGACCCUACCUGACAUAGAGAGGAAGAUGCCAAUUGCUUCCCUGGCCAAUGAUAACAAGGACCCUAGGCAUUCAAGUCAAAGAAGCUAUGGCUCCAUCAGCUCCCCAUACACACCAGGGCUGCACCAAGAAAUUCCGAAGUCAACCUACUUAAAUGAGAAGAUCCCAAUUCCUGACACAAAACCAGGGAGAUUUAGCUUCCGGAAGCUGUGGGCCUUCACAGGACCAGGAUUCCUCAUGAGCAUAGCUUUUCUGGAUCCUGGAAAUAUUGAAUCUGACCUGCAAGCUGGAGCCGCCGCCGGAUUUAAAGUGAAUGAAGGAAUAGGUGUCAAUCUGACUGAGAUUUCUCUCUUGCUGUGUUCUCCUCAGCUGCUGUGGGUGCUGUUCUGGGCCACUGUACUGGGCUUACUAUGCCAGCGCCUGGCUGCCCGUCUUGGGGUGGUGACCGGCAAGGACCUGGCAGAGAUCUGCCACCUGUAUUACCCCAAGGUGCCCCGGGUCCUGCUCUGGCUGGUCAUGGAAAUCGCAAUCAUUGGUUCGGAUAUGCAGGAGGUCAUUGGCACAGCCAUCGCCUUCAGCUUGCUCUCUGCUAGGAGGAUUCCCCUCUGGGGCGGUGUGCUCAUCACCAUUGUCGAUUCGCUGUCCUUCCUUUUCCUGGAUAAUUAUGGGCUGCGGAAGUUGGAAGCCUUCUUUGGGUUCCUCAUCACCAUCAUGGCUCUGACCUUUGGCUAUGAGUACGUGGUGGUGAAGCCAGACCAGGGGGCACUGCUCAAAGGACUCUUUCUGCCCUCCUGCUCAGGCUGUGGCCAGCCCGAGCUCCUGCAGGCAGUAGGCAUCGUGGGAGCUAUCAUCAUGCCCCACAACAUCUACUUACACUCUGCUCUGGUCAAGUCCAGAGAAAUUGAUCGUUCCCGAAGACAGGAAGUCCGAGAAGCCAACAUGUAUUUCCUGAUAGAGGCUUCCAUCGCUCUGUUUGUCUCCUUCCUCAUCAACCUGUUUGUCAUGGCGGUCUUUGGCCAGGCCUUCUACCAACAUACCAACCAGACUGUGCAUGAUAUUUGUGCCAAUGGGAGUCUCUCUUCUUACACCUCAUUUCUCAAGGAUAACCAGACUGUGACUGCAGACAUUUACCAGGGGGGUGUGAUUCUCGGCUGCUUCUUCGGCCCUGUGGUCCUCUAUAUCUGGGCUGUGGGCAUCCUGGCAGCCGGCCAGAGCUCCACCAUGACAGGCACCUAUGCUGGGCAGUUUGUGAUGGAGGGCUUCCUGAAGCUCCGCUGGUCCCGAUUUGCUAGGGUCCUCUUCACCCGCUCCUGUGCUAUCCUCCCCACCAUCAUGGUGGCCAUCUUCAGGGAUAUACAAGACUUGUCUGGUUUGAAUGACUUGUUAAAUGUGCUUCAGAGCCUGCUGGUAAGAGAGCUCACCUGCUCAUGGAGGGGCUCCUUGCCCAGGGGCGGGGGGCUAUACCCUUCUGCCUUCUUGUCUCCAUCUGCCCUCCCCUGCCACCCUACCUUGCUGGACAGGCCAGCCAACAGCCUAAGGCCAGACCAAGGCUCACUCCCAGAAUCCUCAGCCUCCCCCCACUUCAUGCCCUUCCACCCCCCAAUAUUUACCCAUCUCUCAUCUCUCCCUCAGCUCCCCUUUGCUGUGUUUCCCAUCCUCACCUUCACCAGUAUGCCCGCCAUUAUGCAGGAGUUCACCAAUGGCUUGAUAUGCAAAAUCAUCACAUUCCUCAUCAUGGGUCUGGUCUGUACCAUCAAUGCCUACUUCAUAAUCAGUUACCUGGAGGGGCUACCGCAUCCUGGAUACUAUGGGCUGGUAGCUCUGCUGGCUGUGGUCUACCUCGCUCUCUUCUUCUACCUGAUGUGGACCUGCUGCGUUGCCCACGGGGCUGCUGCUCUGAUGCACAGUUCUCACCAGCAUUUCCUCUACGGACUCCCACAAGAAGAGCACGAGGGGAGUCCCACCAGCUCAGACCCUAGCCCCCGGGGCCAGGGUAGGGCAGAGGAAGGAGGGGGAGUCCCACCUGCCUAACUGCUGGAAAACUCGGCUUAAGGCCCCUCACUUAAGGCUAGGAUUAACCAGAGGGUCAAGUCGUAAGAGUGGUCCCAGGUCCAGGGACCCCUUCGCUCUUGAACUUCGGGACACUGAGUGAAUAGGGGAUGGGGGAGCGCGAAUAAACUACUGAUAACGGGAGAGAGGAAGACAGGAACGAAAACUAAACCAGGAAUCCCUCAAACUCUCGGAUUACUGGGGUCCUUGACUUCUUGCCCAAUCUCAGGAGAGGCCUGGGAUCCGGGGUCGCCCCCUCUUCCCCACCAGCUCUGUACCCAUUUUCCUGGCGGGAACACAGUUACGGUUCACUCCCCAGUCGGGAGCCCUUGCCUUCCGGGCCCGACUCAUUUGUCAUCUCCCCGGGGAAGGCCAGGCGUCCGCAAAUCCCACGCCUCAGUCAUUAGAGGCGACCCACAAGUCCCUCAAGGGGCAGAAAAGUCCCCAACUUGGGGCACCCCCCCAAGGAGCCACAGCGAGAUCAGUAGGGUCUCGGGGCGCUCUCAGCUCCGGCUGGGGAGAGUGAGUGCCCUCGCCUCUCAUUCUACAGAACGUGGGAGGCCGGGGGAAGCCCCAGGGAUUGGCUGGGGCUCCCCCUCCCUUCCCUACGCCCAGCGCCGAAGCGGCUCUUUACCGACGGUCCCUGAGCGGUUUCAAGGCUCCCCCAGCUCCCUCCUCCUUCUCUGCCUCCCGCCUCCACUCGCUGAAGUCUGGAGAACGGGCCCAGGGUGGGAAGGGGGAACAUGGAUUGGGGGUGCUGCGUUCCAGGGCCCGAAGCUUCCUGUAGAUUGGGGUGCAUGUGAAAUAGGGGCGCCCGGGUCGCCCGUCUUCCAAGAACCCCCUAGUCCGGCUGUCCGGACCCGCUUCAGGGCUGGGGCGCUUGUUUUUGAGAAGAAUUUCCUCUUUCUUAAAAGGGCGACGGCUUAGGUGGGGCCCUCAGUGUUGGCGAGAUGGGGCGUGGUGUAGGAAGAGGAGGGGAAGGAAAGGGCGGGGAGUGGUGGAGAAGGGUGGGGAGGGGACCCACCCAAAUAGCCUGGGUGGAUUUACUGCCCUUCCACCUCGUCUCUCUUUCCCUAAUAAACCUAUGCCACAC